AUGGCUGACACAGGAAACUUCAUCAUUGAAGAAGCAUUCUCACAAAAAGCUCAUGUCGCUUAUGGCUUUCUCCUUGACGAACCUGCUUGCAAUGAACAUCUGCAAAUGAAUGACAAGGAAACAAAGAGUCGGAGCAAUCCUGCUGCGCAACUGAAUUUGAUCAGGACCAAGCGCGUCAAGAAACAUUUGGUGAGAAUUGAUGCAACUAUGCAUUGA